ACCCCUAUCUCUAACCUCUUCAGAUCUCUGUUUGCGCGUUCAGCAUUUCCCUAUGCCUCGCCGGCAGAUCCUCGGAAUGCAGCCAAGUACGUUCACAGCCGCCUAGUGCCGCCGCAGAAUAUUUCAGCUUCGAUGGGCUCCGCAUCGUCGUCGCAAUUGCACGGUGAGGACGACGAAGACCAAGAAGACGAGGAGGAACGGAAUCCCCGAGCUAUUAAGCCUUCGAAGGAGAAGGUUCUUGAACAAGAGCCAGAGAUCCUUCCCUGCUACGCCUCCGCUUCUCCUCUCUCUCCGCAGCUCUCCACCGCCGGCACUCCCCGCCUUCUCGGCUCCUCUAUUAAAGUUUGGGAUCCCUGCAAUGUCCUUCUUCCUCCCGCCGUAUUCUCCCGUGGAUUCGACGCUGUUGCUGGCGGCGUUGAACUAAUGAGGGAGGUGGUGUUGAUUAAUCAUGGUGAGUGUGGAGCGAGUCUGAGGCCGGAUCUCGUUGGUGGUCGGUGGCCUACAGCGGGAUUAACCGGGAAUGGGGAACGGCAGGCGCGAGCGCUUGCUGUGUUUCUCAAUUCGCAGGGAGUGAGGUUCACUGCAGUCUAUUGCUCGCCUUUAGAUCGAGCGAGAGCAACAGCAGUCUUCGUUUGUCGGG